AUGAAAUCUUCAGUCUUAACUAUUUUAACUAUUGCAGCCACUGCCUUAGCUGCUCCUUUACAAGGCCAAAGACAUCAUCAACAUCAUCAACAUCAAUUAGACAAGAGAGCUGUUGUCACUGAAAUUGUUUAUGUUGAUAUUCACGGUAACACUAUUGCCGCUCCAACUCCACAAACUUCUUCUCAAGAUGUUAUUGCUGCCACUUCCACCGCUGUUGCAGUUGAACCAUCUACCACUGCUGCUGCUUCUUCUUCUUCAAGUGAAGCUGCCCCAUCCCCAGCCUCCUCAUCCUCCGCUGCCCCAUCUGCUGAACCAUCUUCCUCAGGAAGUUCCGGUAGUGGUGGUAUUCAAGGUGACUUAAGUGCUUUUGCUAACCCAGGAUCUUUCGAAGAUGGUGUUUAUGACUGUGCUUCCGUCCCAACUGGUCAAGGUGUUAUUGCUAUUGAUUGGAUUUCUGGUUUAACUGGUGGUUGGUCUACUAUUAUGAAUGAAAACGGUGAUACUUCUUCUACUUGUCAAGAUGGUUUCUACUGUUCUUAUGGUUGUCAAGCUGGUAUGUCCAAGACCCAAUGGCCAGAACAACAACCAUCUAAUGGUGUUUCCAUGGGUGGUUUAUUAUGUAAGAAUGGUAAAUUAUACAGAUCUAACACUAAUGCUGAUUCCUUGUGUGAAUGGGGUACUCCAGAUAUUAACUUUGUUUCUGAAAUUGGUAAAGAUGUUGCUAUCUGUAGAACUGAUUACCCAGGAUCUGAAAACAUGAACAUUCCAACCUUAUUAUCUGCUGGUGGUCAAGCUCCAGUUUCUGUUGUUGAUUCUGAUACUUAUUACACUUGGCAAGGAGGUAAGACUUCUACUCAAUACUAUGUUAACAACGCUGGUGUUUCUGUUGAAGAUGGUUGUAUUUGGGGUACUGCAGGUUCUGGUGUUGGUAACUGGGCUCCAGUUGUUUUAGGUGCUGGUACUACUGGUGGUUUAACUUACUUAUCUUUGAUUCCAAACCCAAACAAUAAAGAUCAACCAAACUAUAAUCUUAAGAUCGUUGGUGACAACGUUAAUGGUAACUGUGUGUACGAAAACGGUCAAUAUAAUGGUGCUGGUUCUGAUGGUUGUACUGUAACUGUCGUUUCUGGUUCUGCUCAAUUUGUUUUCUAUUAA